AUGGCAUUGAACGAUGAGGAACCACUAGUUACCUUCGAUGUGCUUCUUCGAAGUUGCGGUGAUCUAAAUCGAUUUCAAUAUAUACAUUACUUUUUUCUCAAUAUCGUAGCGAUAUCAACUGGUGUAGCUGCGUUUUUCUAUGUCUAUGGCGCUGGAGAACCUCACCAUCGUUGCAAAUUAUUGAUGUGGCCCAACGAUCAAUAUUAUUCUGUCAAUAGUUCACAUCAAUAUUUGAUCAAUAAAUGGAUCCCCAAGAAUACUGAUGGUACAUUUAUGAAAUGUUCAAUAUAUAAAUCGAAUUCAACAAACACUAGUAUACCAACAAAUGAAUUGAUGGAUUGUAGAGAAUGGGUUUAUGAUCGAUCUAUUUUCGGUUACACAUUCACAGAAGAGGCUAAUAUGGUGUGUAAAUCAAAAUCAAGAAAGAGUUUGUUGGCAGCUGUAUUACAGUUUGCUGGUAUUUUUACUGUAGUAUGUGGAAGUUUAGGAGACAAGAUUGGACGGAAAGUAUCAGCAAGUAUAACAACAGGAUUUCUAUAUAUCAUAUUAAUUAUAACACAAACAGUCAUACAAUUUGUUCCAAUGUCGAUCGAUACAAAAUUCUGGUUAUUAAUUAUCAAUCAAUUCGCAUGUGGUCUAGUUUCCGCAAUAUACAGUAUAACAUUUGUUUUAAUGCUUGAAUUGACAUCUGCAGCACAUACGACAUUUGCUGCUAAUACUGCUCUAGUUUCAUUUACAAUUGGUGAAGCUCUUGUCACACUAUUCGCCUACUUAUGUAGGAACUGGCAAUUAUUAAAAUGGGUAAAUACUAUUUUUAUUGGACUCAUGCUACCUUAUCUCUAUUUUAUGCCUGAAUCGCCGCAGUUUUUGUAUAGUAAAAAAAAUUAUUUAAAAUUAGAAAUUUUGCUAAGAAAAAUCACAAGAAUGAAUAAAAAAUUGGAAGCAGAAUGGUAUCCAUAUUAUCAAGAAUUAUUACGGUACAAUAGAAUAUCAAGACCAGUAAAUACGAAGAGUUUUGUUCAACAAACCAAAGAGAUAGUCACACAUAAACCAACAAUGUCAAAGUUACUAAUUGUAAGUUUGAUUGGUUUUACAACGUUACUUUUAUACAUAAAAAUUUCCUAUGGACUCGCAGCGAUGGGCGAUUUCUCUCCAUAUAUUGGCACAUUGAUCGGUGCAAUUGUAGAAGGGGCUGGUUAUGUAGCAGGUGGCCUGUUAGUAUUGAAGAUGGGUCGAAAACUAUCAUUCAUUGCUUUUACGACGUUAACAGGCACUUGUAUACUGAUUAUUCCGUUCAUUAUUCAUCGAUAUCAAGUACCAACGAUUCUCAUCUCUCAGUUAGGAAAAUUUGCUAUAUCAGGUUGUAUAGCUGUUUCAUGGAUAUUUGUACCAGAACUAUUUCCAACAGCCAUAAGAAGUAGUGCAAAUGGGUUUUUUAUUGCUAUGAGUCGUGCCGGAGCUAUGCUUGCACCAAUUAUUGAUUCGUUAGUUGAUGACAAUUAUGUUAAUGUGACAUUUUAUGUUUAUACGGGUUUUGCAGUAAUUAUUAUAUUGUUAUCUCUAUUUCUACCGGAAACAAAAGAUGUAUCACUCGCAGAUGCUCCAGACGAUAUAUCAAUUUAA